AUGCUAAUGAAUCUUUGCAAUGGAGUCUAUCAAAACUCGAUCUAUGGAGUUGUAGCGGAUUUUCCGGACAACUAUCCCAACUCGCUAAUUAUUGUGUCUCCUGAUAGCAUAAUGCUCAACGCUCUACUCUACUUCUCCAUUUCUUUGGGAAUUCUCAUUAUUUGUGGACUAUCACUCAUCGUUCUAGUUAAACUGCCAUAUUACCGUUAUGUCACGGAAAUUGGUGAACGUGCUCGUCGAAAUGACCAUGCUGAACGACCCAGUGUAAAACAGUACCUCGAAUGUCUUAGCUAUGUAAGUAGAUGAUU